UUAGGAACGUGAAUUCUGAGGCCUGGGAGGGUCUCCGAUGCCACCAUCUUCUAAAGCUCUUGCAGAUCCCCCCCCAAGCCCUUUUAGCCCCCUUGACCAAAACUCUCAGGGAGGUCCUCCCAGUUUGGCGCAAGACCUCCAAGCACCAAUUUAAGGCUCUUGCUCCAUUUCUCCCCAUCCAGGAGGAUGGGGAGCAAACAGCAGAAACCCACAGCCGUAUCUGCACCCGGGUCGCUCAAAGUGAAGAUCAUCUACUGAGCCGAAUGAGGGUACAAAAGUCGGUUCUUGCAGAUUAAAAAGCUCCUGGAAAAAUGCUUCCCGAACAUGCUGGAAAUCGUUGGGGAAGUUGCUGGCCAAGGUGCCUUUGAGGUGGUUGUCCCAGCGUCCGGUCAGGUUUUGCACUCAAAGACGAAUGGCGAUGGGUUCGUGGACACCAAUGAUAAGGUGAAAAAAAUCUGCACUGGCCUCAGAGCGAACCUGAAGACCAAGAGCAAAUGGAAUCCCACAAAAGAAUUGGAAUCGUUUGCAAUCGUGGGUGCGCAGUCGUCAACAGAAAGCCAAGGGAUGGGCAAAUCAGAAACCCAUCCAUCAUUGCAGCGGGCUUCAGACCAUCAACCGUCAACACUGGUGCAGGUGCAAGAACGGUGAUCAGUACCGAAGCCAAAGUUGGAACAACCGCCAACGGUGAAACAGGUGCAAAAAGGCUGAUCAGCACCGGGGCCGGCAUUUGGGCAACCAUUAACGGUGGAACGGAUGCCGGAGAUGCCAAAAGGCUGAUCAGCACCAAGACCGCCGUUCGUACAACAGUCAGUGGUGGAAUGGAUGCCGGAGGUGCAAAAGGGCUGAUCAGCACUGAAGUCGGACUGCGGACAACCGUCAACGGUGGAAUGGAUACCAGAGAUGCCAAAAGGCUGAUUAGCACCAAGACCGCCACUUGUACAACAGUUAACGCUGGAUCGCUCUCUGAAUGUACCAAAAGGCUGAUCAGCACCAAAGGCAGCAUUUGGACAACCAUUAAUGGUGGAGCGGAUGCCGGAGAUGCCAAAAGCCUGAUCAGCACCAAGACCGCUGUUUGUAGAAGAGUCAACGCUGGAACGCAUGCUGGAUGUACCAAAAGGGUGAACAGCACCAAAGGCGGCAUUUGCACCACCAUUAAUGGUGGAACGAAUGCCGGAGGUGCAAAAAGGCUGAUCAGCACUGAAGCCGGAGUUCGGACAACCAUCAUCGGUGGAAUGGAUGCUGCAGGUGCAGAAAGGGCGACCAGCAGCACCAAAGCCGGCAUCGAAGCAACAGUUAACGGUGCAACGGACGCUGGAGGUGCAAGAACAGCAGUCAGCAUCAAAGCCGGCAUCGGAACAACUGUUAACGGUGGGACAAAUGCUACAGGUGCAAAAACAGCAGUCAGCGUCAAAUCCAGCGUCGGAAAGAUCAUUCACAGUGCAACAAAUGCUGCAGGAGCAAGAACAGCAGUCAGCAUCAAAUCCAGCGUCGGAAAGAUCAUUCACAGUGGAACAAACACUGCAGGAGCUAGAACAGCAGUCAGCAUCAAAUCCGGCAUCGGGACAAGUGUUAACGUUGGAACAAAUGCUGCAGGAGCAAGAAUCAGCGAACGACGAAGCCUCCAUUCCAGGGAGGCCUGCAUUCAUCAAGACGACCAGGAAGUGAAGGUGCCAUUGGAGAGCAGAUUAUGCCGGGAUCGUCCGAAAAGGUGGCGUGACCUUGGGCGAUCCCUGAUAACCCCCUGCCCUCCUCAACUAGGAUCCCCCACCUAGCUGGCAAUAAUAUUAAUAAUAAAAAAUUGGAAAAUCUA